UUUCAUCCCUUCGCGCAUCGCCACCGGAUCGUAUCCCUAUUUCCUCACAAUCGCGAAUUCUUUUCCCUUUUCCCCUCUCUUCCUCGCUGCGUCUCUCUCUCUCCUUUGCUGCUAUUCUCCAAACCUCGCCCAAGACAACAGACCGAAAGAAUGCCUCCGAAGAAGCGAGUCGUCAAAACCGUGCGCAAAACCGUCCCCAAGUCCAAAUCCAAAACCCCCGUCGCCCCCGCCCCCGCCGCCGCCCCCGCCGACGAUAACCCCUCCCCUCCCUCUGCCGCUUCCGACAUCCCUAUCACCCCCGUUCCGGCCGCAGCCGCCGAGGUAGCCACACCGCCCCCGUCCUCGACCGCCUCCGAAACCCCCGUUUCCGAGCUCGUCGAACCCACCCCCGAGCCCCCCGUCCCUGUUGCUGCCCCGGAGCCCUCGGAAACCCCCUUCUCUGCUGUCCCGGAGCCCUCGGAACCUUCCGCCACUGACGCCUCCCCCGCCGUCGAGGAAACCCAGGUUGCAGCUGCGGUGCCAUCUGAAGCGCCCAAGAAGACCAUCGUCCGAGUGAGGAAGGUGAUCAAGAAGAAAAUCAUCAAGAAGAGGAUUCCGAAGGUGGUGUCGUUAGCUAAGAAAGAUUCGUUGCAACCGCCGACAGAAGCCGCAGACCUAGAAACCGCGGUUACCGAAUCGGGGUUUCAGAACCCUAGUUCUGAUGUUGCAGUUGGAGGGGCGACACAGACGGAGAAUGUUGGUUUCGAAGAGCACAAGGAUGUUGCUUUGGAAGAGGAGAAGGAUGUUCCGCUGCAGGAUAAGGAGGAAAGGCAAGAGGAGGCAGUGACAACUGCUGCUGAUGAGGAGGCCGGGAUGUCAGAACGGCAGAAUAGGAGGAAGACAGAGAUUUUUAUUGGAGGACUUGGUAGAGAUGUCAAGGAGGAGGAUCUGAGGAUGGUUUUUGGGAAGGUGGGCGAGAUUGUGGAGGUAAGAAUGAUGAUGGAUGGACAGACUGGGAAGAACAAGGGGUUUGCUUUCUUGAGGUACAAGGAUGCAGCACAAGCUAAAAAGGCCGUUUCUGAAUUCUCUAAAGUGGAGGUCUGUGGAAAGAUUUGUGGGGCAGCUGCUCUUGAGGGGAAUGAUACUAUAUUUCUGGGAAACAUUGAUAAGAAAUGGAAGAAAGAAGAUGUAAUUAAGAUGUUACAGGACAUUGGAAUUGAAAAGAUUGACACUGUUACUGUUAUGGCUGAUCCCUAUAAUGCUGAUACAAAUCGUGGGUUUGCUUUUCUUGAGCUUGAAACUAACAGAGAUGCGCAUCUUGCUUAUAGAAAACUUCAGAAAAAAGAUGUUUUUGGCAAAGGCCGAAACAUCAAAGUUGCUUGGGCUGAACCAUUAAAUGAUCCAGAUGAAGAGCAAAUGCAGAAGGUCAAAUCAGUUUAUGUAGAGGGCAUACCAUCUUCAUGGCAUGAAACCAAGUUGAGGGAGAUCUUCAAAAAGUUUGGGGAGAUUGAGCGGAUUGUCCACUCACGAGAUAUUCAGUCAGCUAAGAGAAAAGACUUUGCCUUUGUUAACUACAGCACUCGAGAGGCAGCUCUUUCCUGCAUUGAAUCAUUUGAGAAGGAAGAGUUAACUGAGAAUGGCUCAAAGGUGAACAUUAAGGUAUCAUUGGCUAAGCCUGUGCAAAAAGGAAAGCAGAACAAAGGGUUCUUAAAGUCUACCAGUACAGAGAAGGAUAAAUUAAAACCAGUGCAACAAGUCAGCCUGUAUCACAGAAGUUCUUGCAAGGAUUUUCCUUUUCACUAUCGUUUGACAACAGGUCCUGCGGUCCAAGAUUAUUCACAUAUUGCGGCUGGAGGGAAACGUGCCUUUUCUUAUAUGGGAGAAGAUGCAGCAUACUCUGAUGUGAGAGGAUAUCCUCGUGCCCGUCUUGACAAUUCUUUUCCAGUUUCGAGCUCGAGCUAUGGUGCACAUCCCCAUGGAUUGCCUGGCUCAUCUUUGCCAUACUAUCAGCAUCAAAGUGUUGGUUAUCCAAGUGGUACUCGCUAUGGGGUGGCAGAACAUUCAAGCACCUUUCAGAGGCAAGGAGUUCCUCCUCCAUAUGGAGGCAGUAUGUAUUCCAGAUACUCAUGAGAACUGGAAUGUCUCUUUGGAUCAUUUAUUUCAGCCUGGAACUCCCCAUGCAGUUCUUCAUCGGAACAUCCCAACUUUGGUGCUGAAAUAUGAUGUUUCCUGGCAAGUUCUGAUUGGUUGCCAUUAAAUUUUCAAAUCCCCAUUGUAUUAUUCAGGCCUAGCAAGUUGCUCUAGCGUCAUAGCGUCUCUGAGGUUCGAUGACUCAGCAAAAGCAUCUUCCACCAUCUUUGUCCCCUUGACAUGGACAUGUUCACCUAUAUGAGCCAUCUCACUUGUUAGUGGUUUGAGCACUGUGGUGUUAAUUUAUCAACUCUUAAUCCAGACUGUGCAUCAGCCUUACGAUAGGUACAGGCUUGUCCAGUAUGAUUUGUAUGGUACAUGUGGUUAGAGUUACUUUCUGACAUGAAAAGGACAUUGUCUAAAAGCUUCGUACUGUGUUCGAGAACGGAAUUCCUGGAAAAUUUUGGACAUUGUCUAAAGGACAUUGAAUCAGCCUCACCCGUA